CCAUGAAUUUUCUGACUAUAGCUUUCUCUCUUUGCGCUGGUGUAGUGAGCUCACAGUCGCAACCACAGGGACAUGUAGACUGCUGUGAAGCCAAUGCUGAUACAUUACAAAACGUUAUCCAGCGCGUGACCUCACUUGAAAAAGAAAUUGUGUCACUGAAAGCAGAAAAUGCCAAUCUCAAACUAAAUUCCUCUGCGUUUAUAGCACUGCAACACGAACUAAUAGAGCUGAAAUCUAAGCAACAACCAGUUGCUUUCUUCGCCGAAAUGUCCCAGGAUUUGAUAAAUCCAACUCAAGGAAAGAAAGUUGUCUUUGACCAGAUUUUAACCAACGUUGGCAACGCCUAUGACCCAAGUACAGGGAUCUUUACCGUACCUAUUACAGGGACCUAUCAUUUUAACGUAGUUCUCUCCUCCCCAAAUAACGGAGAUGUCGGCCACUACAUGCAUUUCUUCAUCCUCCAGAACGGAAGAAAAAUAGCAUAUAUAUUUUUAGACCAUAAUACCAACUACUGGCUCCAUGCUUCUUCAUCGACAGUCAUUCAGGGCACAAAGGGGGAUGCCAUCUGGUUAACGGUAGGCGUGGCAGGAGGUCAGCAUGUUUUAGCGGGACAUCGGCCUGGGGAGGGGGAAAUUCACAGUCAUUUGUCAGGAUUCCUCAUUCAGGCUGAUUAA